AUGCCAACGUGGGAGUAUGCCAACGUGAGAGUGCCAACGUGGGAGUGCCAACGUGGGAGUGCCAACGUGGGAGAGUGCCAACGUGGGAGAGUGCCAACUGAGUCCCCAUGUCAGCGGCAGCGUGGAACUGCUAAAUAUAAACGCGACAACGGCAGCGAGCAACGCAACAACGGUAGCGAAAAACGCAACAACGGCAGCCAGAAACUCAACAACGGCAGCCAGAAACUCAACAACGGCAGCCAGAAACGCAACAACGGCAGCGAGCAACGCAACAACGGCAGCCAGAAACGCAACAACAGCAGCGAGCAACGCAACAACGGCAGCCAGAAACGCAACAACGGCAGCCAGAAAAGCAACAACGGCAGCCAGAAACGCAUCAACGGCAGCCAGAAACUCAACAACGGCAGCCAGAAACGCAACAAUGGCAGCCAGAAACGCAACAACGGCAGCCAGAAACACAACAACGGCAGCCAGAAACGCAACAAGGCAGCCAGAAACGCAACAACGGCAGCCAGAAACACAACAACGGCAGCCAGAAACGCAAAACGGCAGCCAGAAACACAACAACGGCAGCCAGAAACGCAACAACAGCAGCCAGAAACGCAACAACGGCAGCAGAACAACAACAACAGCAGCCAGAAACGCAACAACAGCAGCCAGAAACGCAACAACAGCAGCAAGCAACACAACAACAGCAGCGAGCAACGCAACAACGGCAGCCAGAAACUCUUCAACGGCAGCCAGAAACUCUUCAACGGCAGCCAGAAAAAAAAAUGGAAUACUAAAUACUCUACACUAGGAAAAGUUAGAACAUCUCUGAGAAACCUAAAUAAGGAGUCAUUUAGAUCGCUGAAUACCGCCUAUGAGAGACCAGAUAUAAGUAUGCCGCCCCCACUGUGGCGCCUAAUCUUAAAAAAAAGGAAACUUGAAAAUGCUGAGGAGUUUGCGACAAGACUCGUCCCAGAAUUUCGUGGGAUGGAAUACGAAGAGAGACUCAACGAACUAGAUCUGACGACACUGGAAAAAGAGGAGAAUGGGGGACAUGAUAGAGACCGCUGCCGCCACGGCCGGCUAGAUAACAGACCCAACCAGUCGGGCCGCCGACCCAAGCUGGCCAGAAAGACGAUCCAGCCGGCCAAGCCGGCGACACAGUCGGCCAAGCCGGCGACACAGUCGGCCAAGCCGGCGACACAGUCGGCCAAGCCGGCGACACAGUCGGCCAAGCCGGCGACACAGCCGGCCCAGGCCGGCGACACAGCCGGCCAGGCGGCGACACAGCCGUCAAGCCGCGAUUACAGUCGGCUAGCGGAGACAACGCCAAAUUUUACCUCCCCGCCUUAA